AUGUAUAUUAUUUUUAUACUCCUCAUUGUAACUAACGGCUUAGUUGCAGAUGAACCUCAGAGCAAAAUACAAGGUCUGAAACUAUGUAAACGUAACGAAGAGUUUCUAAAUACAUGCAUACAGUCCAGCAUAGAAUCGAUAAAGCCUCACUUAGCGAAAGGUUAUCCGGCUGAUAAAUUACCGCCUUUUGAGCCAUAUAGAAUGGAUGUUUUCGAGAUCUCUAACGAUGAUUUUAAUGAGAGGGAGAGGUUUAUGGAAAUAAGCAUCAGCGGUUUAACAAAUUACAAUAUAAGUCAAUUCAACAUGUCUUCUCGCGAUCUAGAACAAAUGAAUUUUGUAGCGUAUUUUCCACGAAUUACAAUGUCCGCUAUCUACGAUACAAACUCUAGGAGUACGGAUACACCCACGGAAAAUAGCAGACAACCAAUGAUUGGGGAGUUUAAUGGCGUUAGAGCUGUAAUCCGUAUCGAUAAUGAACGUAUUAUAAAAAUUCCUAAAAUAGGGACCACAGUAACCUAUUUGAGAGUAAAAACAGUCUUAGUAAAAUUGAGUAUACAACACUUUGUUACCUACGUGGGCGACCAAAAAAAGAACUAUAGGAUAGCGGAAACAAUAAAUAACAUUGUGUUCAGGAGGUGGAGAGCAAGAAUAGAUGAAAUAAUGUUCCAUAUUGAGAGACAUGCUUCCAAACUUAUCAAAGACGCCGCGAGUUCAAUAUUCGAUGAUUUCUCGAUGUUUCUUUUAUUGCCCACCCAUCAUCCAUAA